AUGCGGAAGCAUCAACGCACAAGGAAGCACCGUCGCGCUCUGCGCAGACAGAGGACAGCCGAGGCGGCGCUCAAAGCUAACCGCCGGAUUGACGACAACAAGAAGGUGAAAGACGUCGAGAAGGAGCGCCUGCUCGCGCUAUUUGAGACGGCACUCUUCAUCGCUAAGUCCGACGCCCCGAUCGAGAUGGAAGCGCUUGCUGCAAAGGAGGCGGCUAAGGCACUACCGGAGCUUGGCAUAAUCGACGCGGUUAUCCGCGCAGUGGCGGAAGAUCUCGGCAGAUCCAGCAACUCCAACCGCAAGUUCAAGGAGCUGCAGGAAGUGUUCACGCAUACCAACCUCGAGGUCCAGGGGAUCCACAGCGUCCGCUGGUUGAGUCGCGGCGAUGCAAUCGCACGAUUCGUACGCGUUCUGCCUGCUGUCAUCGUUAUGCUCGAGGAGUCGGACAAGACGAUGUACCACUUAGUAACGUCGUUCAAGUUUCAUUACUUCCUGUUCUUCUUGGCAGAUGUGCACACGGCACUCAACGCGCUCAACCUGCUAUUCCAGAAGCGACAGGUCGACCUCACUGCAGUGCACUCCCAGGUGAGGCGGACCAUCAUCUACAUGGAGCAGAGGUACCUGAACUGUGGCCAGCAGUUUGGCGGUGGGACCAACGAGCUGCUGUCUGCUUUCCUCGCGCGGCAUGCCUCGCCCGACUGCCGUGAAGUGACUGUGGAAGGGGUGGACAAGGAGGGUCAGCCCCGUGUACACAAGUUCCAGCUGCACGAGGAGGCAGUCAAGGGAUACACCACCACCAGCGGGGACGAAGCUCUUCAUGCCCCGCUCGUGGCCAAGGGGCGUCGAGGCAAGAGACGCAGAGUGCAAGGAGCACCUGCACGGCCUCGUCCAUCUGUUUCAGGCCAAGAACCGGGACACGAUCUUGCCUGGAAAAGGCGCCCCAGCAAGCGCAAGGAGCAAGCUGCGCCAGAGAAGGAGCGGGCCAAGGUCAAGUUUGUUAAGGGGAGUGGCCGCCGGGUGGUGGAGGAGGAGGACCUAGACGAGGGCAUGUGUGGUUCUGCAGGCGAUGGCAGUGAGAGUGAUGACGAUGCCAGUAGCAGUGGUGAUGAUGCGAGCGUUUCUUCUGAUGAAGACAUGACAUGA